AAUCAUAAAUCAAUGAAACUGUUGGACAAAAUUUUCGGAACCACUUUAUGGUGUAGUCCCCAUUUCAAUCCUUGGCAUCUUUAUCGAUCAUUCCUUCCAUUCACCUCGUCGUCACUCUAUGAAUUGUAUGGUCAUCUCUCUGAUCCUGUUCAAGUGUUCUCCACAUCCGGAAAGUUUUCCGGUGGCUUUAUUCCUUUGAGCGAGGAUGCAUGUAAUGCUCAGGAGGUUGCCGAGGCAAAACUGAGCAACCUACCAAAGAAGUUUGAUGGACAUGGCUGGAAAGUAACAAAUUAUGAAGCCGAGUUCACUGAACAUGAUGUUCGUAAUGGGAUUGUGACCUGUGCGGUGAUUUCUCAAGAUGGUUCUCAUGUCGCCCUCGGUUUCGGAAAUGGGAUCAUUGAAGUUGCAGACAUCAACCAUCAACGUACAAUCUUUCGCUUCCGAUCCGAUCCUCCCAACCAUCCAGUUUGGAUAGAGUUUAUCCUUGGUGCCAAUGCUCAGAUUGCCACCGAGGACACUGCUGGAAACAUCUCCAUUCUCAGUCGUGGCACACGUUCGGUGCCAUGUGGCGCUCUUCCUAGUGGUGAUUACCCUGCUCUAACUGCAUUGUCGAGCAAUGGAUGUUUUAUUAUCCGAGUCCCUCAAACUCAGAGUUGGUACAGCAAUGUGGCACUCCUAUAUUUUUCAGGAGAGCCUUCCAUUCGGCUCCUUGCAUCUCCUUCGGCUCCUUUCAUUCUUUCCAAUCCUCAACUUUCAUCUACUCCUCAACGUCACACAGUUGGAUUCUCUCCUGGAGGCCGAUAUGUAGCCGCUUUCAAUGCGAACUGCGCUUUUGUCUGGUCAACGAAUACAUCUGAGUUGGUUGCUCAAUAUUGUAUGCACAAUUCUGAAUUCUGGAUUUUCAAUCCCGGUCAUGUUCUUCCUCUCCCAUAUCUCAUUCCUACACCGGUAUUUGGUGACCACACCAUUCAUUUGACCCUGGAAGAGGGUGCAUCCCAUGUACAAAGUUCCGAGCCAGAUUCAAGACACAACUCAGAUGAAUCCUGGCUGAAAUGCCCUUAUGAUCUCUCACCAAACAUGACCAGGUUGGGUGAGCGCGAUAAAGCCUCUGCCUAUUCCUCUGCGAUAGGGCGGGUCCCAUUUCUUUUUGUCCAGUUUGAAUUUUUGAUACCUCCGGUCUUCUUUAAUGGACAAGUCGAACUCAUUGUUGAACUCAAGUACUGCCCAGUCUUUACAAAUGUGGAUCCCUCCUCCAGCGAGAAUAAACCCUGGUAUGGUGAUCUGCUGUUCUAUGAGAAUACAUCUAUCCAAUAUCACUUUCCUCGGGCUAGCAAGGACGGGACUCGAUUUCUGCUCCAGGGCAAACUGAGAGCCCCGGUGGUCGUUGAUAUCAGCCAAGUUGUCAUUUAGUGAUGUACAUCCCUAUUCCUUAACUGCUAGGUUGACUGUUUUCCGAUUAUUUGGAAAGAAUUGAAAUUAAGAAUCAUGCUACUUAAUGAUUAUGGUUGUAUAUAACAAUGUCAUAUAAGAAAAUGCUGUAA